AUGGGCGGAAGUGGAGCGGUGCUGUGGGUGAGACCGCGCCGUCUGCAGCACGAGUGGGAAGCCGGCCCGUCCGACCAGCCCAUACAAAUGGAGAACCCUUAUAAGGAACCUCCUAAAAAAUGUGUCUUAUGUGGAAUAAAUGUGGAUUAUAAGAAUGUGCAGCUUCUGUCCCAGUUUGUUUCUCCCCAUACUGGCUGCAUUUAUGGCAGGCAUAUAACAGGUUUGUGCAACAAGAAGCAGAGGGAAAUUACAAAAGCCAUUAAAAGAGCUCAUAUAUAUGGUUUUAUGCCAGUUAUGUAUAAGAACCCAGCAUUUCUCACAGACCCCAAGAUAUGUAAUAUCAAGUAUCCAGAGUAA